UGGUUUUCGCUACGGAGGAACAGCUAACGAGCGCCUUCUGCGUGAAUAACCCCUAACAGAUCUGCUUUCACGAAAGCGUUUCUCUCUCUCUUUCUCUUUCAAAGAUCGUGGCGCAGUUUAAGGUCGUACACCCCGGAGAGCAAGUUAGCAUUUGAGAGCGUGAACUUGUGUUGAGAAGCGAGAGAGGAGAAAAGAAAAGGGGGAAAAACAGAGAUUGAGAGAAUGGACGGUCUGUGUUUCAAACCCGGCGGGAUCUCGUCAUCUCUACCGUUCCCUGCCAGUGGCGGUCUCGACGCCCGUACGCUUCCGGCGCAGGUUAGUGCGCUGGGGCGUGGGAGCAGCGUUUCAGCAAGUGCCAACGGCAUUUCGGUAGAAAGUUCUGCAACAGCGGCUUCGUCUUCGUCGGGGAAGUCGUCCUCCUUCACGUCUCUGUGGUCCAGCGGCGAGAAGCGAAAUGACAAAAUUGCCCCUGAAGACAGAGAGGAGGAGGAGGAGCUUGAAGGAGAGGAGAUCGAUCCUCCGCCGCGAUCGAAGAAGCAGCGGGAGAGUUGGGUUUUGAAAAUACUCCAUGUUGGGUCGAUCUGGUCGGAGAAUCGGAAGAAGUCCGACGAUGUUUCGGAGGUGGAAGAGAGGGGAGAAGGCGAUGCGGCAGUGCGUGAUCAGGGCCGUUGCUCUAGCUGCGACGAGGAUGGAUCGGACGGUUGCAGAGUCGGGGAUGAAGAUGAGGUGGGGUUCGAUAGGGAGUCGUUCUCGAGGUUGCUGCGUCGGGUGUCGCUGUUGGAAGCGAGGGUCUAUGCAAAGAUGUCGUAUCUUGGGAAUCUUGCGUAUUCGAUACCGAACAUCAAGCCAGGGAACCUCUUGAAACACCAGGGAUUGCGUUUCAUCACAUCGUCCUUGGAGAAGAGAGCGCAGUACCUGAAUGUGGAAAAGGAGCAGAAUUCUUCAUUGGAGAUGAAAGUAAAAUCCACGGAACCCGAAAAGCAGGCAUUGGGCCAAACUCCUGAAACGCUGACGGAGAUAGAGGAAGCAGAGGGGGAGAGGCAGAGGAAGAAUGGGUAUCGGAUAAGUGCGUUGGCUGCUUAUCAGAUUGCCGCCACUGCUGCAUCCUAUCUGCAAUCUCAUACAAGGAGCAUUCUUCCAUUCGGUUCUGCCAAAACAGAGAAGAUGGAGGAUUUGCCAAAAGGAGGUGCUGGUAACAACAGAAAGACUGAAAUAACUAGCUCAGAAGUGGCAUCUCUUGUUGCCACUACAAAUUCGAUGACUGUGGUGGUCGCUGGGAAAGAGGAAAUGAAGCAAGCUGUUGCCAAGGACUUGAGAUCGGCACACUCGUCGCCUUGCGAGUGGUUUAUAUGCGAUGAUGACAGCUGUGGGACAAGAUUCUUUGCCAUUCAGGGUUCUGAGUCACUUGCUUCUUGGCAGGCAAAUCUAUUGUUCGAGCCCAUUCAGUUCGAGGGACUAAACGUUCUUGUGCAUCGAGGGAUCUAUGAGGCUGCCAAAGGGAUCUACGAGCAGAUGUUGCCAGAAGUCAGAGCCCACCUAAAGUCCUGCGGCAAUUCUGCCACCCUACGCUUCACUGGUCAUUCCCUUGGGGGAAGCUUGGCACUGCUUGUCAAUCUCAUGUUACUGAUACGAGGCGAGGCACCACUUUCUUCAUUACUACCUGUUAUAACAUUUGGCUCACCAUCCAUCAUGUGUGGAGGCGACUACCUACUUCGCAAGUUGGGCUUGCCUCAGAGUCAUGUUCAGGCUAUAACUAUGCAUCGAGACAUUGUGCCCCGAGCCUUCUCUUGCAGCUAUCCCGAUCAUGUAGCGGAGCUUCUCAUGGCCGUCAAUGGCAACUUCCGUAACCAUCCGUGUCUCAAGAAUCAGAAACUGCUAUAUGCUCCUAUGGGGGAGCUUCUGAUCCUUCAGCCAGAUGAGAACUUCUCUCCACAACACCACCUCCUCCCCUCCGGCAGUGGUCUCUAUCUUUUGGGUCAUCCUGUAUCAAAUUCUGCUGACUUGGCAAGGCAGCUGCAGGCCGCACAGGCUGUGUUCCUCAACUCACCCCACCCACUCGAGAUUCUCAGUGAUCCAUCUGCAUAUGGAUCGGAUGGAGCCAUUUACAGAGACCACGACAUGAACUCCUACUUGCGUUCUGUGCGUGGCGUGAUCCGUCAGGAGCUCAAGCACAUCAGGAAGGCAAAGAGGGAGCAGCGCAGAAAAGCAUGGUGGCCACUCGUGGCCUCACAAGGGCUCCACGCCAGUACCACUGUGGGCCGGCAAACAGGUUCGGCCAAUGUGGGUCAGCUCCAGCUCAACUUUUCUGGUGUCUUCCGAAAUGGGAGGGAGUCAUUGAAGCGGUUCAGUAGGCUUGUGGCAUCACAGCAUGUGCACCUGCUUGUUCUGUUCUUGUUCCCCGCACGAUCAUUGCUCCUAGAGACUUUUUCCAUCACUAGCUUCAAUUGAUUAUGGCUAGUCGGAUAGUUUUCUCAUCAACAAUGUCAAGGUGGGGGGAUGAUGCAUUCAUGGAGGAAAUCUAUGUUAUUCUUUAUUUCUUGAUUUUAAGAUGGAAUUGCAAAUUUAGAAUGUAAGGAUGUAACUGAUUGCAAAUGUAAUUAGUUCAGAUUAUGUUAGAAGUCUGAAAAUUGAGAAGAAAAAAACGUUCUGUUUUAAUGAAAUUAUUUGAAAUUACAUUCUA